GUGGUGACCUUAUCUGACAUAGCGACUUCAGCUAAAACUGGCAUAAAGUGGAGCGAGAGAGCAGCGCAACGCCAUAGCCACAAUUUUCAUUACCUUCUACCCGCAAAUUUCGAUGUCUUAUCUUUUGGGUAAUUUCACAAACAUCUCACAGACAACCACCCCAUCCCGUCAUUUCAUAACAAUUGAGUUUAUUGCAUAGAAUUUUAUUCCCAAUUCCUAUAUUCCAGCAACUUCAUGCAUGGCUGCCGUGAUGCUGAGCCCUUCUAGUUUGUGUAGCUGUAACUGUAGCCAUGUAUCUUUAACCAUCAAUAUCGGCAGACCAUGCCUAUCCAGCUAUACUGGUGCGACGGCGAACAGAAGAAAGAUUAAAUCUUUUGGGGGUUUGAGGUAUGGAUCAGUGAUUUAUUGGAAGAAAAUCAAGAAAAAGAAUGCUAGUCUUUGUGGGUAUGUGAUGAGAGGUGAAGAUGAAGUCUCAAUGAAGGGCAUCUCCUCGGAGGAAAUCAUGGCGCGUUUGAAGUCGAUUCCUGACUUGGACCGUGCAUUUUCUUUCUUCAACUCUAUCACAGGUAUGCCACAUGUAAUGCAUACCACAGAGACUUGCAACUAUAUGCUCGAGCUGUUGAGGGUGCAUGAGAGGAUAAGGUGUAUGGUUGUGGUGUUUGAUAUGAUGCAAAGACAGAUAAUCUAUAGAAGUUUAGAUACUUACCUCAUUAUAUUUAGGAGCGUAGGUGUAAGGGGAGGCAUUCGACAGGCGCCAUCUGCGCUUGAACGAAUGAGAGAGUUUGGGUUUAAGUUGAAUGCAUAUUCAUAUAAUGGAUUUAUCUACUUGCUUCUUCAGGCAGGGUUCUCUAGGGAGGCUCUGAUGGUUUAUAAUAGAAUGAUCUCGGAAGGGUUGAAGCCGAGUUUGAAGACUUAUUCUGCUUUAAUGGUAGCUAGUGGGAAGCAAAGAGACACUGGGACAGUGAUGGGCUUGCUAGAAGAGAUGGAAAAGUUGGGAUUAAGGCCUAAUGUUUACACAUUCACCAUCUGCAUUAGAGUGCUUGGGCGAGCAGGAAAGAUCAGUGAGGCGUAUGAUAUAUUGAAGAGGAUGGAGGUGGAGGGAUGUGCACCUGAUGUAGUUACUUACACCGUUCUGAUUGAUGCUCUUUGCAAUGCAGGAAAACUUGAUUGUGCCAAAGACGUGUUUAAGAAGAUGAAAGGUAGCAGCCAGAAACCUGAUCGUGUGACUUACAUUACUAUGUUAGACAAGUUUUGCGACUCUGGAGAUAUGGACUCGGUAAGAGAGCUUUGGACUCUAAUGGAGGUUGAUGGUCAUAAAGCAGAUGUGGUUACUUUCACAAUACUUAUUAAUGCUUUAUGCAAAGUAGGAAACGUCGAUAAAGCAUUUUCAGUGUUAGAUGAAAUGCAGGAAAAAGGGAUAUCGCCGAAUCUGCAUACUUACAAUACUCUGAUUUGUGGGCUUUUGAGGCUACAAAGAUUAGAUGAAGCAUUGGAACUAUGCAAUAACAUGGAAUCUCGUGGCAUUCACCCAGAUGCAUAUACAUACAUCUUGUUCAUUGACUGCUAUGGAAAAUUAGGAGAAACUGACAAAGCUAUUGAAGCUUUUGAGAAGAUGAAAGCUCGUGGUAUUGCCCCAAAUGUUGUUGCCUGCAAUGCAUCUCUGUAUAGUCUAGCUGAAUCUGGUCGUCUUAGUGAAGCAAAAAAGAUCUUUGAUGGAGUAAAGCUGAGUGGGCUCAUCCCUGACUCUAUUACUUAUAAUAUGAUGAUGAAGUGCUAUAGUGCUUCAGGGAAAAUUGAUGAAGCUAUGCAACUACUCACUGAGAUGAUUGACAAUGGUUGUGUUUUGGAUGUGAUUGUUAUGAACUCUUUGAUCGACACUCUUUACAAGGCUGGUCGGUCAAAUGAGGCUUGGAACAUGUUUUGCAAAAUGAAAGAAUUGAAACUUGUCCCUACUGUCGUGACUUAUAACACACUAUUGGCUGGGCUUAGAAAAGAGGGCAAAGUUCAAGAGAGCUACAAAUUAGUUGAAAGCAUGAAAGCUUAUGGUUGCCCUCCAAAUACGAUAACUUUCAAUACUCUUCUGGAUUGCCUCUGUAAAAAUGACGAGGUUGAUUUGGCCUUGAAGAUGCUUUAUGAAAUGACAGAAGCAGAUUGUCGCCCUGACCUUUUUACUUAUAACACAGUUAUCUACGGAUUGGUGAAGGAUGGUAGGAUUACGGAAGCUUUUUGGCUCUUUCAUCAGAUGAGAAAAAUGCUAUAUCCUGACUGCAUAACAAUGUAUACCCUUCUUCCUGGAGUUGUGAAAUCUGGUUCAAUUGAGAAUGCUAUCAAACUUGUUAAGGAGUUUGUCUACCGGGCUAGAGUUUCACUUGAUAGAUCUUUCUGGAAUGAUCUCAUGGCUGGAACACUCAAGGAAGCAGAGCUGAAUCAUGCUAUUUCCUUUGCAGAGGAUAUAGUAUCUGCUGGUCUUUGCAAAAAUGGCUUAAUAAUGGAGCCUAUUGUUAAGCUUCUGACAAAGCAAAAGAAAUCCCUUGAUGCGCACAAACUAUUUCUGAAGUUCACCAAAUCUUAUGGGGUUCGGCCUACUGUUGAAACAUAUUAUUAUCUGAUUGAAGGACUUCUUGAUAUUCAUCUUAAGGAACUUGCAUGGGAUAUUUACAGAGAUAUGAAGAGUGCUGGUUGUGCUGUGGAUGUCCCCACCUACAAUUUGUUGCUCGAUGAUCUUGGGAAAUCGGGGAAGGUAAAUGAACUUUUUGAGCUUUACAGUGAGAUGCUUCAUCGUGGUUGUAAGCCUGACACAAUUACUCGCAAUGUGCUCAUUUCUGGUCUUGUAAAGUCAAACAAAGUAGAGGAAGCUUUAGAUCUAUUCUACGAUCUUUUAAGUGGAGGCUUUUCUCCUACUCCAUGUACAUAUGGUCCUCUUAUAGAUGGUCUUAUGAAGCUCAAAAGACUAGUCGAGGCAAAGAAUUUGUUUGAGGAAAUGGUUGAGUAUGAAUGCAAACCUAACUGUGCCAUCUAUAAUAUUCUUAUAAAUGGAUUUGGAAAAGCUGGUGAGGUUGAUAUUGCUCGAGAUUUUUUUAAUAGAAUGGUGGAAGAGGGGAUCAGACCAGAUUUGAAGUCAUACAGCAUACUUGUAGAUUGCUUUUGCUUGCUGGGCCGGGUGGAUGAUGCAAUGUGCUACUUUGAGGAGAUAAAGGCUGCUGGACUUGAUCCUGAUUUGAUUUGUUACAAUAUCAUCAUCAAUGGCCUCGGGAAAGGAAGAAAAUUCGAGGAAGCUAUUAAUCUUCUUGAUGAGAUGAGAAGUAGAGGGAUGAAGCCUAACCUUUAUACUUUCAAUUCUCUAAUCUUUAAUCUAGGAAUUGCUGGAAUGGCAGAGGAAGCAGGAAACAUGUUCAAGGAACUCCAGCUUCUGGGUCUCAAACCAGAUGUUUUUACAUAUAAUGCUCUAAUUCGAGCAUAUAGUAUGUCUGGUAACCUGGAUGAUGCAUAUGCAGUAUAUGAAGAGAUGAUGGUUGGAGGUUGUGUUCCUAAUUCUGGCACUUUUGCUCAACUUCCAAAUUAACAUUUUUGUCUGCUCUGUGGGCCAAACCAGAUUUCUUUAUAUACAAAAGAAAUACCGGUAGAAUCUCGUUUGUUACCAUUUUGGGGAAUGUGCUCAUUAUCAUUUAAAUUGUGUAUGUCUCAUGUCGUUGUGCAUACACAGAUUGAUUGUUCAGUGCAACCUUAGUAGAGUGUUGAAGAGUUUUGUUCUCCCUUUGUAGAGAGAGCUGGCAUUUGCUUUGACUCUCGAACUGCUGUACAAACUUGAUGCUGCUUCGGAGCAUUGCAGAAGUGAUCUCUUUGUAAAUAUGUGAUCAGGUAAUAUCAUGUGGAGGUGCAAUAGUCAUACAAAACUAUCGUCCGUGUCACAUCUGUAUAGAUUUUUUACUGUAAGUCUGUAAAGUAUAGAAGUUGUACUGUUUCCUGAUCAUGCAAUUCUUGAGAUAAUAUUUCUCUUCUCAAUAUAAAGAUUAUGAAAGAGCUGUUGCUCAUCCAACUUUGUUUUUUCAUGUUCCUGUUUUAAGGUUUGUUUCUCCGCAUUUCCAUGUCCAUUUCAUAACUCGAUGAAUGUUGAUAGAUAUGUAAAAAGCAAUGGGGCAUUUGGGAACUGGAUACAUGUUAUGCAGUUUUAGAACGAUGAAUUGUCUAAUGUCUGGCUAGUAGUAUAGUGUGUUUUUUCUUGAUUCUUCGCCAUCUAUCUUGAUAUCAUUUGCCAGUAAAUAUGCAGUUCGUACUUUGUUUCACUGCUGAACUUGUGAGAGAAUUUUAAUUUUUACAUAUGAUCCUUAUCUUGUUUUACUUAAUUAAAUGGUUGUUUUGGAUCGACGAUAACUGUGGAAUGAGAAGUAUGUUUUGCCUACAUGUGUCUUUUUGCUAUCAUUUUUAUUGAUUUGCAGAGUACUUUGAGUUCAUGUGGUUAACUGAGAGAAUAUGGCCAAGUUUGGCAUAUUGAUAAUUUUAAAAAAAAUAUUAUGCUAUUUAAAUUAUACUACUGUAUUUUUUUAGAAUGAUAAAAUCAUUAUGGCUUCACUUUGUACCUUCACACUGAUAAAAUCAAUCUGGUUUCAUGUAAAUCCGUGACUUAUACUACUGAGUGAGAAUCAUAUUAGUUGCUCGCAAACCAAAUUCUCCACUGCUUGCUGAGACCACUAGCUUGGUUGGAACUAGGAAGUUAAUUGAAUAUGUUUAAAACCAAUGGACAGCUUCUGCCACAUGUUUAGACAGCCAUGUCCUUGUCGAAAUAAAGCUCCAAGGUCUAGAGCAGGCUGCUGAGAACUUAUCAACUAGUUGAAAGACCAUGUCUAUUGCCCUUAAGACAUAUCCCUUUUGCAACUAGCAAGCAACUAUGGAUAUCUAAACAUCUGUCUUGAAUGAUCAACCACUAUUGCAAUGAGCAGAAAGCAGAGUGUAUGUGGUUUUAUUGCAUGACAUAAUUAGAUGGGGGUUGAAAUUGGAGACCUUGUCAAGGCCACAGUGAAGUGCAAAGGAGCGGGUGAUGGGCUUCAGAUCGUAAACCUGAAUCCCCAAAUAGUGAUGCUGGAGCACCAUGAACUCCUUCUGAUGGUUGGGCAGUGCCUCCCUUGUCAAAAUCCAGACCAAGAGCCUGAAGUCGUAGAGCCCGUGCAAGGUAAACCAAGUAGGCAGUGAAGAAUCGGGAGUUGAUACCCCUAUGCUUGUGCUCGGAGAAGUUGAUGCCCUGAGCGCGGAGGAAGGGGAUGGAGUCAGGAACGGUCUGUACAUUGUUUCUCUGUUGAAUUUAUGUGAGAAUUUUAAUUUUUUUCACAUGAUCCUUGUCUUAUUUUACUUAAUUUAAUGGUCAUUCUGAAUUUAUGUUUUACU